AUGGCCAACGCAGAAGAGAAAGAUGAGGUUCGCGACCAAAUCGCCAAGCAGAUUUUGCACACCCCUUUUGCAUGCUCCUCUCUCAGCCGGUUGUCAGGCGGCAAUGCCAAUUUCGUCUAUCGGGGCAAACCUUCAUCUUCCCCGAAUUCCAUUGUCAUUAAGCAUUCGAAAGACUAUGGGGCCUUCAACCCAAAUUUUAAGCUUGAUGCGAAACGAUGUCACUUCGAAGAAGCUAUCCUCCAAGCUCUCGAUGGCCUGCCGGACCACUCUCAGGAAAACAUUACCGUGAAAACACCCCGGGUCUUCCAUUUUGACCGGGAAAAUAACAUACAGAUCAUGGAAGAUCUUCCCAAUUCGCUCGAUCUGAAGAACUUCCUUCUCUCGAAUCUAUCUCAUGGCGUGUCAGAGUCUUCGGGGCGAUCGCUCGGGCGCUCCCUUGGAACUUGGCUGAGGUCGUUUCACCACUGGGGGAGCAACAGUGAGCAGGCAGAGUCCAGGUCUUUGUUUGCCAAGAAUGAAACGGGAAAGGAUUUAAAAUUCUAUAUCUAUUACUCUAUGCUGAUAGACACGAUUGCGACCUUUCCUGGCAUUCUGGAAGAGAGUCGCGGUCUUUUUGAAAAAGUUAAGAAUUUCGCGGCUGCGGAGUUGAAGAAAAGUGAUCAGCAUGAGGAUUUUGGAAUUAUUCAUGGUGAUUUCUGGACUGGGAAUGUUCUUGUUGCUGAUUUCCCUCUUAUUGAGCAGUCCCAAACAAAGUUGCUCGUUGUUGACUGGGAACUAUGUCAAAUUGGAAACAGGGCUCUUGAUCUGGCCCAGAUGAUUGCCGAGCUGUACGAGGCGAAGCUUUUCAGAAACGUUGAUUGCGGAAUAUGGAUGAUUGAUGGGCUUGUGGAGGGCUAUGGGCCUCUGAGUGAAGAGAUGGCGUUCCGAACUGCGAUCCAUGUUGGCGUUCACCUUGUUGUCUGGGGUAGUAGGGUUGCUGGAUGGGGAAGCCAGCAGCAGGUCGAGGAGGUGGUAAAGGUGGGCCGAGAACUCAUUGAGCAAGGGUGGAACAAAAAUAGAGCAUGGUUCGAGCGAGUCCCUCUUUUGGCAACUAUAUCCCACGCAGCCGUGAUCCCUCGACUGCAACACGAGCUCCGCGCCCUCCCAUUCAACACAAGCCUUGACCAUAGCCACAACCUCCGAUGCACUGUCCACUCCGAACUUCCUGUCGGCGCAAUCCUUAAUCAGUGCACCGUCCCAGGAACAGUGGCCCUAACCUUCGACGACGGGCCUUACAUAUACACCCCCGAAAUCCUAGAUACCCUCUCCGCCCAUGAUGCGCUCGCAACCUUCUUCUUCAAUGGCAUAAACAGAGGCAGCAUCAACGGAUUCCCCGAAGUCGUCCGCCGCGUCUUCUCUGAAGGCCACCAACUCGGCUCGCACUCGUCCGUUUGCCCAUUCCCGAAUCAAACCAAAACCCAACUAACACUCCAUUUGGAAACAAACAGGUACAACCAUCUGUCCCUGCCAUCCCUCUCUUACUCUGCAAUUAUCGACCAAAUGACAACCCUCGAAAACACAUACAUGAACCUACUAGGCUUCUAUCCAACGUUCAUGCGCUUUCCAUACCUGCAAACCUCCCCAGAGUCUUUAUCUGCAAUGGCUGAGCUAGGGUACACAAUCAUUGGGGCCAGUGUCGAUACGAAGGACUACGAAAAUGAUGAUCCCGGGAUCAGCUGGCGCAGCUUUGAGAAGUUCAAGGCCGAGCUUGCUGCAGGCGGCACGAUUGUAUUGGCGCAUGAUACGCACCAGACGACCGUGCAAGUUCUUGUUGAGAAUAUGCUCGAGGAGAUUGAGAAGAGGGGAUUAAAGAUGGUUACGGUUGGGGAGUGCCUUGGAGAGGGGAAGGAGUUUUGGUAUAGGAAUGGGAGGUAG